AUGAAUACUAAGUCGGUUGAGGAUUUGAUGGAGUGUUCCUCUGAGGUUCAUUAUUCUGGAUUCCAUAUGGAUGAUUUAGAGCAAAGAAAAGCUGCUACAGAGCAACCAACUACUUCUGCGAUUGACGAGUAUAAACAACCUUUUCUCAUAGGUGUUGCAGGGGGGUCAGCAUCUGGCAAGACAGCUGUUUGUGAUAUGAUCAUUCAACAGCUUCAUGAUCAGCGGGUUGUACUUGUUAAUCAGGAUUCCUUUUACCAUAACUUGACUGAGGAGGAACUUAAAAGAGUACAAGACUACAACUUUGAUCAUCCUGAAGCUUUUGACACGGAGAGAUUGGUAAAUGUCAUGGACAAAUUGAAGCAUAGCCAAGCAGUAGAUGUUCCAAAGUAUGAUUUUAAGGGUUACAAGAACAAUGUGUUUCCUGCAAGAAGGGUAAACCCUGCAGAUGUUAUAAUUUUGGAAGGCAUCCUUGUUUUCCAUGAUCCACGUGUCAGGGCCUUGAUGAAUAUGAAGAUAUUUGUUGACACAGAUGCUGAUGUUCGUCUGUCAAGAAGGAUUAAGCGUGAUACUGCCGAUAAUGCACGUAAUAUUGAAGCAGUGCUUGACCAGUAUUCAAAAUUUGUGAAGCCGGCUUUUGAUGACUUUAUCCUUCCUACAAAGAAGUAUGCUGAUAUCAUUAUACCCCGUGGAGGAGAUAAUCAUGUAGCCAUUGAUUUGAUUGUGCAGCAUAUUCGUACAAAGCUUGGUCAGCAUGACCUCUGUAAAAUAUAUCCUAAUUUAUAUGUCAUUCAGUCUACUUUUCAGAUAAGGGGCAUGCACACCCUGAUACGCGAUUCUCAGACAAAAAAGCAUGACUUUGUAUUUUAUGCUGACCGUUUGAUUCGUUUGGUCGUAGAACAUGGCCUAGGACAUCUUCCAUUUACAGAAAAACAAGUAAUCACUCCUACUGGGUCUGUAUACAGUGGUGUGGAUUUUUGUAAGAGGUUGUGUGGUGUCUCCAUUAUCAGGAGUGGGGAAAGCAUGGAGAAUGCUUUGCGAGCAUGCUGUAAAGGUAUCAAGAUUGGUAAAAUUCUUAUUCAUAGAGAAGGUGACAACGGUCAGCAGCUAGUAUAUGAAAAGCUGCCAAAUGAUAUCUCGGAUAGGCAUGUGUUACUGUUGGAUCCUAUUUUAGGCACAGGUAAUUCUGCUGUUCAAGCGAUUUCGUUAAUUUUAAGAAAGGGUGUGCCAGAGUCCAACAUUAUAUUUCUCAACCUCAUAUCAGCACCUCAAGGUCUGCAUAUGGUCUGCAAAAGAUUUCCAAGAAUAAAAAUUGUGACAUCCGAGAUUGACAACGGUUUAAAUGAAGAUUUCCGAGUCAUUCCUGGGAUGGGCGAAUUUGGGGAUCGAUAUUUUGGAACAGAUGAGGACGACGAACUGGUGGAGAGCCGUUCGCGGUAG